AUGGGCUACUCAAAGAAAUACGGCUACAACAACUACGGAUACUACAACGGUGGCAAGAAGUCACGCAAACAUGGCCGUCACUACGCCUCAGCUGCCGGUGAUUUAGUGGGAGCUUGGGCCGAUUACAGCGGAGGGGGUCAUCAUGGAGGAGGCCACUGUGAUGGCGGCGGCGGCGGCGGCGCAGAUGGUGGAGAUGAGGAAGAUGAUUACUACACAAACAACUACAAUACCACCAACAACGUCGACCAGGGAGCUGCGUACAUUCGACUUCUUGGCGCGGGUCAUCAUUUCGUUGCAGACUGGGGCCAGGGCGGCAAUAGUAUUGGGGGCGAAGGCGGAGGCGGGGAUGCCGGAGCAGGAUACGACAGCUAUGGCUGUGAUGGUGGGGGCGGAGGAGAUGGUGGAGGAGGCGGAGGAGGCGGUGGAUGUGACGGGGGAGGUGGAGGAUGCUGA